AUGAUGGCCAUAAAGAUAGACAUGAGUAUACUGAAAAUUACCCUAAUUCAUUAUUCAUCUAAUCCCUUCGCGUUCACUUCAGAAGAUCUUGGUCGUCUCUUUGAACCCUCGCUAAAAAAUUGGUCAUUUUUGGAAGAAAAUGAAGGAACUGAUGGUUUAAUAAAAGGCCUCCAUAGUGACUCUCAGGCAGGUUUAAAUAGUGAAUUAGAGCCAAUAGGGGAUUUUGGAGAUGAAGAUGAUGAACAAAAUCCUGUAGAAGGUUCUCCAUUUUAUCAAAGAAUAAAGGUUUUUGGAAAAAAUUCAUUGCCAGAAAAAAAGUCAAAAUUUAUUUUUGAGUUAAUGUGGAUGGCAAUACAAGAAAAAAGUUUAAUUCUUUUAAUAAUGGCUGCAUUUUUUUCAUUAGUCCUUGGCCUUUAUAGAGAUAUUGGAGUUAAAGAAGUUAAUCAAACCAAAAUUCAUUGGAUAGAGGGUGUUGCUAUUAUCAUUACAGUUCUAAUUGUUGUUUUAAUUGGUAGUUUGAAUGACUGGCAAAAAGAAAGACAAUUUCAUAAAUUAAACACUAAUAAAGAAGAUCGUAAGAUAAAAGCUAAUAGAAAUGGUAGAAAAACCCUUAUAUCAGUACAUGAUAUCCUUGUUGGAGAUGUACUCGAUUUGGAACCUGGUGAUGUCACCGCAGCUGAUGGUGUCUUAAUUUCUGGUUUUAAUUUACAUUGCGACGAAUCUGCUGCUACAGGUGAAAGUGAUGCUGUAAAAAAAUUGAAAUAUGAAGAUUGUUUAAAAGAAGAAAAUGAUGAUGACGACGUUGCAUAUCACCAUAAAGCUGAUCCUUUUAUAAUUAGUGGUAGUAAAGUAACAGAAGGAGUUGGUACUUAUCUUGUAACUGGUAUUGGUGUUAAUUCAUUUUAUGGUAAAAUUAUGAUGUCAUUAAAGACUGAACCUGAAGAUGGCCCUCUUCAGAAAAAAUUAAAUGAUUUUGCCGAGAAAAUUGCAAAGUUGGGGAGUAGUGUUUCUCUUCUAAUGUUUAUAAUUCUUCUCAUAAAGUAUUUUAUUAGUUUUCGUAAUGGAAUACCUGCAGUCAUCGAGAUAUUUGAUGAUUUAAUUAGAAUCGUUAUUUCAACAAUUACUCUCGUAAUUGUUGCAGUACCAGAAGCACUUACAUACUCUACAACACGUAUGCUUGAGGAUGGCAUUAUUGUACGUGUUCUUUCGGCUUGUGAGAAAAUGAGUUAUAUAACAACGAUUUGUUCGGAUAAAACUGGAACUUUAACACAAAAUAAAAUGGCUGUUGUUACUGGAACUAUAGGUCUAUCUUUUUCAUUUUUUAGAAAUCGUAAUGAUUAUUCUUCAGCACUUAAAAAAGAUAGUACCGGCAUCAAAGUUUUAUUAGAAGAUAUAAAUCAAAAACUUCCUGAAGAUAUUUUACAAUUGUUGAAAGAAUCAAUAGCCAUCAAUUCUACGGCUUUUGAAACUUCUGAGGAUGGAAAACGAACUUUUGUCGGUUCCAAAACAGAAACUGCAUUAUUAGAAUUUCUAUCUGACUUAAAUCUUGAUGAUAUUAAAUUAUUAAAAGGUAAUGCCGAAAUCGUUAAAUUGUUCACAUUCAAUUCUGAAAGAAAGUCAAUGGGAACUUUCGUAAAAAUUGAAGAUUCCAAGUGGAGAUUUUUUGUAAAAGGUGCUAGUGAAAUUAUAUUAAAAAGAUCAGUAAAAAUAAUAAAUAUAGUAAAAUCUGACGAUAAUAUAAUAACUGACAACAUAAUUGAUUUAACUCAAGAUCAUUUUGUUAAAGUCCAAAAUGCAAUCAAUAAUUAUGCCGGUCAAAGUCUAAGAACAAUAGGAAUUGCUUAUCGCGAUUUUGAAAAAUCUCAAGUUGAAGAGAUGGUAAAAAAUUCUGAGGGUGAAAUUUCUUAUGAGGAUUUAUUUGACAAAUUAACGUUAUUGAGUAUCGUGGGUAUCGAGGAUCAAUUAAGGGAAGGAGUUCAUAAAGCUGUUGAAAUGUGUAUAAAAGCUGGUGUUAAGGUUCGUAUGGUUACCGGUGAUAAUAUCUAUACUGCCAAAUCUAUUGCUACGCAAUGUGGAAUUUACACGGGUGGUGAGGUUAUGGAGGGUCCAGUAUUUCGUAAGCUUUCUCCGGAACAAAUGGAUAGAAUAUUACCAAAACUUCAAAUUCUUGCUAGAUGUAGCCCUGAAGAUAAGAAAUUACUGGUUGGUCAUUUGAAAAAAUUAGGCGAUGUUGUUGCUGUCACUGGUGAUGGUACAAAUGAUGGUCCUGCCCUAAAGCUUUCCGAUGUUGGCUAUUCUAUGGGUAUAACUGGUACAGAAGUUGCUAAAGAAGCUUCAUCUAUUAUUUUAGCGGAUGAUAAUUUUUCAAGAAUUAUCAUAUCUAUUUUGUGGGGAAGAAAUAUAAAUGAAGCAAUAAAGAAAUUUCUACAAUUUCAGCUUACAGUUAAUAUUACUGCCGUAUUGCUUACGUUCAUUACAUCUAUAUUAGGAGAUCCCAUUCUUACACCUGUACAAUUAUUGUGGAUCAAUCUUAUAAUGGAUACUUUUGCUUCUCUUGCUCUUUCAACUGAUCCUGCUAAAGAUCUAUUAUUAGAUAAAAAACCUGAAUCUAGACAUUAUGCACCCCUAAUCUCUAUAGAUAUGUGGAAAAUGAUUAUCGGUCAAAGUAUAUGUCAGCUGGUAAUCACCUUGGGUUUGUUUUUUGCCUAUAAAGCCGAUAAACCAAGUUUUGCUAAAUUGGCACAAAAAAACACUUUUAUUUUUAACACAUUUAUAUUCUUACAGAUUUUUAAUGAAAUCAACUGUCGAAAGUUGGAUAAUAAAAAGAAUAUUUUUGAAGGUGUUUUGGCAAACAAAUUUUUAAUGAUUAUUUUUGUUAUAAUGGUUGUUGGACAAUUCUUAAUUGUCCAGUUUGGUGGUGCUGCCUUCCAAGUAGAACCUCUUAGUAUAAAAGAAUGGGUAGUAAGUGUCAUAUUGGGAUUUUUAUCAAUUCCUAUCGGAUUUUUAAUUCGAUUAAUCCCUACUGAUCAUCAUCAUACAACACCUCCUCCAGCAGACAAUAUUGAUCUAUGGAACGAUGCAGUUACAGAAGUACAGAAUCAAUUACACUUUUUUAAGACACUUCGUGGUGGUAGAUUCAGAGCCAAUUUUGGGGAUAGAAAAGAUAAAUCUGAAACACGUUCAAAGGCGAUCGCAGCAGCUGCGAUGCUGCCCAGUUUAAUUUCUGCUUCAGUAGCAAUACAUGUAAUUCAAGAUAUUGGAGAUAACGAUAGUAAUGUGGAUAGUAUCAAUUCUAUAAUGAACUGA